AUGGAUUCAAUGAUUAAGCUUGUAGGGGAACUAGUUAGUCCGGAAUUCGACAUACCUAAGAGUUACUAUGAAGCAAAGAGAUUGGUUUCCAAAUUAGGAUUGUCGUAUGAUAGAAUUCAUUGUUGUCCAAACGGUUGUAUGUUGUUCUAUAAGCAAGAUGUUGAUUUAAAUGAAUGUAAAAUAUGUGGACAUGCGCGUUAUAAGCGGACACCAAGUGGGAAGACGGUUCCAAUUAAGGCGAUGCAUUAUUUACCUAUUAUACCUAGGUUAAAGAGGUUGUUUGCAUCGCCGAGUUCUGCUCCUCACAUGAGAUGGCACAGCGAAAAUAGAAGGCCACCUGGUGUUAUGUGUCAUCCAUCGGAUGGAGAAGCGUGGAAACAUUUUGAUAGAACUUAUCCUGAUUUUGCUAGUGAAUCAAGAAACAUUCGUUUGGGUUUGUGUGCGGAUGGUUUCACACCAUACUCUGUUUCGGCUGCACCCUAUUCUUGUUGGCCUGUAUUUCUUACUCCAUAUAAUCUACCGCCUGAGAUGUGUAUGACAAGUCCCUAUAUAUUCCUAAAUUGUGUUAUCCCUGGUCCUCGUAAUCCAAAAGUUUUGAUUGAUGUCUAUCUACAGCCUUUGAUUGAUGAGUUAAAACAAUUGUGGUGUGAAGGUGUAGUGACAUAUGAUAUAUCAACUAAGAGCAAUUUCAAUAUGCGUGCUUCUUUGAUGUGGACUGUUAACGAUUUUCCUGCGUAUGGGAUGUUGUCUGGUUGGAUGACUGCUGGAAAGCUUGCUUGUCCUCAUUGCAUGGAAACUAGUAAAGCUUUCACUUUAAAACAUGGCCACAAAAAUUCAUGGUUUGAUUGUCAUCGUCAAUUCUUGCCUAUGGAUCACCAAUUCAGGAAAAUGAAACAAGCAUUUAGAAAGAAUAAAAUUGAAAAUGAUCCCCCACCUCGAACAUUGUCAGGAGAAGAAAUUUGGGGGAGGGUUUGUCACUUGCCUAAGGUCACAGAAGUUGCCCCUUAUAGACUACAUGGUUAUGGUGUUGAACAUAAUUGGACUAAACAGAGCAUAUUCUGGGAGUUACCGUAUUGGAAGGAUAAUCUUCUACGGCAUAAUCUUGAUGUGAUGCAUAUUGAAAAAAAUUACUUUGAUAAUUUGUUCAACACUGUUAUGGAUGUUAAAGGCAAAACAAAAGAUAACCCAAAAGCUAGAUUGGACCUAAAGGAAUAUUGUAGGCGCCCUGAAUUGAACUUGCAAGAGUUAGCGAAUAAUAAAGUGUUCAAACCCAAGGCUAGUUUUUCAUUCACUUUGGAGGAGAAACGACAGAUUUGUCAAUGGAUUAAGAAUUUGCGGAUGCCAGAGGGGUAUGCGUCUAAUUUUGACAAGCGUGCUGAUAUGAAUGAAGGAAAAUUAAUUGGUAUGAAAAGUCAUGAUUGCCAUGUUUUCAUGGAAACUUUGAUUCCUAUUGCAUUUAGCCGCCUACGGAAGAAUAUGGAAACCAAUCACAGAGAUAAGUUUGUUCUUCAAGGAUUUAUGUUCUAA